GUUUAACACGGCGUCGGGCGAUCGAAUCGAAUCGGAUCGAAUCAAAUUAGCAAAUUAGCAAAAUCAAAACGAAAUGAGCUAUAACAACGUGAUCUGCACGAUCUGUUCGGAGCGGUAUCGCACCUCGGACAACAUACACGCCGGCAGCUGUGGGCAUGCCUUCCACGAGGAGUGCCUGGACCGCUGGCGGGAGCAAUCGAGAACUUGCCCCAUCUGCCGCUGCGAGGAUGCCACGUACUUCCAGCUCUAUCUGAACUUCGAGGAGUCGCCGGCAGGCGACAGCGAGACGGCGCAGAGUGGAAGUGGGCGAAAUCGGAGCCAAGGUCACGGCGGCAGCAGUCGCAGCAGCAGCAGCAACAACAGCAGCAACACGAGCAGCAGCGAUUACGCGGGCAUCAUGAGGGAGUACGAGAACCUGCUCUACGAGACGGGGGUGUACCAGGAUGAGAUCGAGUAUCUCAACGAGCGGAUCGGGGCGCUCACCCUCCGCAAUUCUCGACUCUGCAAGUUGCACGGCGACGAUUCGGAUUCGGACGAUGAUUAGGAGCAGCGCAGCCAGGGAAUACAAACAAACAAAAGAGCCGCUGUAAACAUUGGGUUAUCGCACAUUUCGCCAGAGGAUCCCGGCGAUAGCCGAUCGAAUCCAAGUAACAAACUAUUUGGACAGAUAAGCAGACUCAGAAGGCUGAGGGAAACAAAAGAGGCGAAAGAACAAUAGAGCCAGUACAUGUGAGUGCUCAUAUGCGAUAAAUAAAUGAUUACUAAGAGAAGAUACAUAUAAGAUAUGAUAUGUUAGACUAAAUAAAGCAAUAAGAAAAAAUACGUUUAGGCAACGUAAA